AUGGAAAAGACCAAUGAAGGAGCACAAAACCAAACAAAAGUGAUGGAAUUCAUUCUUCUUGGCUUCCCUGGAUCUUAUUAUACACAAAUGUUCAUCUUUAUUAUCUUUUUUAUCAUGUACAUUCUAACAGUUUUAGGAAAUAUUGUCAUCAUCAUUCUCGUGAUCUCAAAUCAGCAUCUUCAUACUCCCAUGUAUUUCUUCCUUUGUAAUUUCUCUUUUCUGGAAAUGUGGUAUACAACAGCUUCUGUUCCAAAGGCCCUUGCCAUCGUUCUUGGAUGGAACAGAACCAUAUCUUUUAUUGGAUGCCUUAUGCAGAUGUACUUUGUUUUUGCCUUGGGUUGCACAGAAUACUUCCUGCUAUCUAUCAUGGCUUACGACCGAUAUUUGGCGAUAUGUUAUCCAUUGCAUUACAGCACAGUCAUGAACUUUCAUUUGUCUAGCAUACUAGCAACUAGUUCUUGGCUUUGCGGGUUCAUCAUUAUUUUCAUACCAACUUUUCUGAUUGCAAGGUUGACUUUCUGUGGACCCAAUGUGAUUAAUCACUUCUAUUGCAACAUUGAUUCCUGGAUAGUUUUGGCUUGCAGCAGCACCUAUGCUGUUGAAAUGGCGUCCUUUGUUAUAUCCAUCUUUGUUAUAUUGGGACCCUGCAGUAUAACUUUACUUUCCUAUAUUUAUAUCAUCUCUACCAUCCUUCGUAUACCUUCAGCAAAAGGGAAACGAAAAGCAUUUUCAACAUGUUCCUCCCAUCUUGCUGUUGUCAUUAUUUGGUAUGGUUCCACUAUUUUUCUCUUUGUUAAACCUUCUAAAAGGACCUCUUUAGAAAUGACUAAAUUAGUGAACAUUUUGAGCACAGUUGUAACUCCCUUACUGAAUCCCUUCAUUUACACACUAAGGAACAAAGAAGUAAAAGAGGCAUUUAAGAAACUUAUACAGACCAGAAGAAGUGAUUAUUGGGGGCAUUCUUUCUCUAAUCUAUCCUAUAGUUCAUUUCCACAAUUUUAA